ACCCGCACUUUCGAUACGAACUCGCAGCCAUGGCCGUCCUUCGUGUUUUUGCAGUCCUCGCGUUCGUCGCCGUCACCUCGGUUGCGACCACCGACAGCGCCGCUGCGGUGAAGGAGGCGCAGGCGCUCGCCAAGGCGCUGCCCGCCCCCCUGCAGCAGCAGUGGACCGCCAAGAUCGCCCAGCAGACCAAGAACCUCACCGCGGCGGAGAAGAAGCUUGAGGGUCAGUUCACCGGCGAGAGCCUCAAGGGUGUCACCGCGGCCUUCGCUGAGCUCGACAAGGUGGAGCAGAAGAUCCUGGCCAACAUCACCGCCUUCGUCAAGCUGCAAAGCACCCAGACCGAUGCCAUCAUCAAGAACUACACCUCCCUUCUCACCGCGCGCGCUGCCUCACCGUCCACCGAGGAGAAGCCCAUCCACGAUGUCAGGGCCGAUGCGACCGCCGCGAUCAACUCGUGGGUGCCCCUCCUGGCGUCGGUGCACCAGUACGCCGCCCAGGCCUUCGAGAGCGCCGUGCGUGCACAGGCCACCGCCCUCAGCAAGAGCCUGAGCAACCCUGUCAACGACCAGGUCCGCGUCGCUAUCACCAACGCCGGCAUCCAGCUCCUCGAGGUGCUCGUCCAGGAGCAGAACGCCGACACCUUCCUGCUGACCAGCACCCAGUUCAACAGCUUCCAGAACUUCUUCCAGAAGUCCGAGGACGCCCUGAUCCAGCUGCUGGUGGAGGCCAAGAACAAGAAGACCAGCCAGUAAACCUGGAAGCAAGUAAAAUACACGCUUGGCGCCUA